AUGGAAGGGGAACAGUUGUUUGAUAUUAGAAAGGCCUUUGAGGAAGCUCAAAAACCUCACCAAAAUCAGGCCAAAUUAGUGGCAUCUUUAAAGCAUACCUAUAAUGAGUUACAAGAUAAGGACUGUUUUCAUGAACAGUUUGUUCAUUAUCUGAAGUAUGUCAUGGUAAUCUACAAAAGAGAACCUGCUGUGGAACAAGUGAUAAAUUUUGUGGCCAAGUUUCUGGCUUCAUUGUAUAUUUCUGAGAAAGAGGAUGCUGAAGAGGAAGAAGUGGAAAAUCCCUUUCUAAAUUACCUGUUGACUUUUCUCCUUCAGUCCCAUCCCGCUAAUAGCAAUGCAGUUAGAUUUCGUGUGUGCCAACUUAUUAAUAAAAUUUUGGGAAGUCUGCCAGAGAACGCCCAGAUCGAUGAUGAACUGUUUGAUCAGAUUAAUACUGCUAUGCAGCUCAGAACAAGAGACAAAGUACCGAAUGUGAGAAUCCAAGCCGUGUUGGCUUUGUCUAGGCUUCAGGAUCCCAAGGAUGACCAGUGUCCAGUUGUUAAUGUUUACAAUAGUUUAAUUGAGACUGAUUCCAACUCUGAAGUAAGGCGUGCUGUGUUAUCCUGCAUUGGUCCAUCAGUUAAAACUCUGCCCAAAAUUAUUGGUCGUACCAUGGAUGUAAAGGAGAUAGUCAGGAAAUUAGCAUAUCAGGUGCUGGCAGAAAAAGUUCAUGUCAAAGCUUUGACAAUAGCCCAGAGAGUAAAACUUUUGCAGCAAGGACUUAAUGAUAGAUCAGAAAGCGUGAAAGAAGUGGUACAGAAACAGCUUCUCCAAGCUUGGUUAAAUCUAGCUGGAGGAAAUGUCUUAGAAUUGCUCCAUCAUCUGGAUGUGGAGAGUUGCCCCGAAGUGGGUGUUCUAGCCCUUAAUGCUAUAUUCCUGCUGUCUCCCUGCCAGGAUCUGAUUAAACAAAUUUCAGAAUUUGAUGACAGGAAAACCAUUCCAAUAGAAAAACUGACUGUAGAAAGUGCCUUAUAUUGGAAAGCUCUUUGUGAGCACUUGAAAGCCAAAGGAGAAGAAUUCUUAGAAGAAGUGUUGCCAGAGCCUGCUGUCUAUGCAGAUUAUCUGUUGAGCUACUUUCAAAGCAUUCCAGUACUCAGUCAGGAAGAAAAGGAAGAUCUGACCUGCAUUGAGCAAUUGAUGACCAAGGAAUGUAUAGGUCAGCAGUUAAUUCUAAUGAUCGGUUGCAUGGAUAUCACUGAAGAAGGAGGCAGGAAGAGAAUGCUGGGUGUCCUACAAAAAAUUCUUAUGAUUCCAACCACGUCAGCAUCCCUUGUAUCCCAUCUUAUGGAAAAGUUGCUCUGCCUUUUGAGGGAUGAUGACCAAAGGAUCCAGAUGGUUGCUGAAAUAAUUUCAGAGGUGCGGGAAACCAUUGUGACAGUAGACAAGCAGCAAGACGCAAGUGAGAUAAGAAAACAAGAGCUUAAGAUAAUUCCAGGAAUUACUAAUAUCCAUCCUGCUGUGCGAAACAUGGCAGUGCUGUGCUUGGGCUGCUGUGGCCUUCAGAGCAAGGAAUUUGCAAGUCAGCACCUCACUUUGCUGUUGCAGGUAUUGCAAAUUGAUGAAAUGAAGGUAAAAUUGAGUGCUUUAAAGGCACUGUUUGACCAGGUAAUGAUAUUUGGAAUAGAACCAUUCAAAGACAGAAAAGUUCAAAGUGGAAAUGAAGAAAACGAGAGUGAGAAAACUAAGGAAACGGAAGAAGAAACAGCUACCACUCACAAUCUUCUUCAGCUUCUUUCUGGGUUUCUAGAUAGUGAGUUCUCAGAACUCAGAACUGAGGCUGCCGAGGGACUGGUGAAGCUCAUAUUUUCCGGCCGGCUAAUCAGUGCUAAGCUUCUUUCUCGACUGGUUUUGUUGUGGUAUAAUCCAGUGACUGAAGAGGAUACACGUCUCCGACAUGCCCUAGGAGUUUUUUUCCCUUUAUUUGCAUAUUCAAAUAGAACCAAUCAGGAAUGUUUUGAAGAAACUUUUCUUCCAACGUUGCAAAUAUUAUUUAAUGCUCCGGCUUCAUCACCAUUGUCAGAGGUCGAUGUAGCUAACGUUGCUGAACUUCUGGUGGAUCUAACAAGGCCCAGUGGAUUGAAUCAACGUUUUCAGAACUGCCAGGGUCUGACAGUUCAUGAUAAUUUAGCACUAAAAAUAUGCAAUGAAAUUUUGACGGAUCCAAGUGCGCCAGAUGUCCGGAUAUACGCAAAAGCUCUCUGUUCCUUAGAAUUCAGUAAGGAUUUUACAAAUGACCUCAUGGAUUUAUUUGAGGAUAUUCUUGUGAAAGUAAAAGAUAAAAUGUCUUUAAAAAUGGUUGAAAAAGUGAAGAACAACUUAAGCAAAGGAAGCCCUAUUGAUGGACAUGUUUCAAAAGAAAAGGACACUGCAGAAGUAGCAGAAAACAAUUUGGACUGCAAUAAACCAUGUACAUCCACUGGCCAGAAUGAGGAAGGUGAUAAAAUAAUCACUCCUAUUGAAGACACAGAGAACACACCUGUAAAGUCAAGACCUAGAAGAAACAGAUCAACAAAAGGUUUGAGAAAAAUAGAAGUGCAAACUGACCAUCAAAGUGGGUGUUCUAGAACUAAAGGGUCUGAAAGUGACAGAGAAAUUCAGCAACCUGUUUCCAUGGCAUAUUCAAGAUCAUCCCGCCGAAUCAAAACAACAGCUCUUGCAAAAACGAAAAUGGAUCUCUCCAAGCUUCUAGACAAAGAAUAGGUUAACCAAAUCUGUUUGUCACUAAAAUUUGCUUUAUGUGCUGCAUAAUAAAGAUAAAAUCUUUAUAAUGUGGUAUAUUUCAUACAAAGAUGUCUCUAUUUUUUUUUAAAUAGUUCCUAUUAAGGAUGCUUGAGAAUUAUACUUAAUUUCAACCAAUUUUUAUUGCAUAUAAAGUUCAAGCUGUUACUCUGAAAGCUGUGUCUUGGAUGGUUAAAUCAG